GUGCUUGACCAAGCCAAUGUUCUCCUACACCCAGUCUUUCUAUGGGCAGCCAUUUAUCUGGUGCAUGCUGCACAACUUUGGAGGCAGCAGUGGCUUAUUUGGCACAGUGGAGAGCAUCAACUCUGAGGUCUUUAAAGCCUUGAAUAUCCCAAACUCCGCCCUGGUGGGCAUAGGCAUGACACCUGAGGGUAUUGAGCAGAAUGCUGUGGUGUAUGAAUUAAUGAGCGAGCUGGCUUAGCGCCAAGAACCAGUCAACUAGUCUACCUGAACCAUCACAUGAUUACAAUCACAUGACUAAACCAAUUAAAAAGUCUUUGCACUGGAGGUAGCACUUGGGUUUUCUGGUUAAACUUGAUCUACGGUGAAACGCUCCGGCUUCGUUUGACUAGACAACAAAAUGUCGAUCAGAAACGGCUGCAGUCUGCUUCUGGCCGUCGUCUUCUGCCUUUUAGUAACAGCACAGUGUACAUUUCACACUCUAGACCACCUCAAACCGAAAGCCAGCGACAAGACACAGGAGAUAGCAGUGGUCGAGAUGCUGGAACGUCUGCUCGGGAACAGAUCUACGGAGUUCAUCGUGUCAGUCAACAGGAGCCUUUCCAAAGACGGCCUGGAUGUGUGCGAGCUCAGGUCAACCAACAGCAAUACGAUAGUCGCUACGGGCAGCAGCGGAGUGGCUGUGGCUUUUGGCAUUUACAACUAUUUGAAAUAUAAAUGCAACUGCCAUGUUUCCUGGUCUGGUGAUCAGCUGGAUCUGCCCCGUCCUCUGCCAAAGCUCACGGACGUCCUGCGCUUCAACAUGCAGCACAGAUUUCGGUAUUACCAGAACGUUUGCACUGUUAGCUAUUCCUAUGUGUGGUGGGCGUGGCCCAGAUGGGAAAGGGAGAUCGACUGGAUGGCGCUCAAUGGGAUCAAUCUGCCACUGGCUUUCACUGGCCAGGAAGCCCUGUGGCAAGAGGUGUACCGUGCUCUUGGGUUAAACCAGUCGGAGAUUGAAGAGUUCUUCUCGGGCCCGGCAUUUCUCGCAUGGAACCGUAUGGGAAACAUGUUCAAAUUUGGUGGGCCUCUGCCACAGUCCUGGCAUGUGAACCAGCUCUACCUCCAGUUUAAAAUCUUGGCGCGAAUGAGAUCAUUUGGCAUGAUUCCUGUGCUGCCGGCGUUCUCCGGGAACAUCCCCAAGGGAAUUUUCAGGUUAUAUCCAAGAGCAAAUGUAACCAGGUUGGGGCCAUGGGCUGGGUUCAACUGUAGCUUUUCAUGUUCCUAUAUCUUAGACCCUCGGGACCCACUUUUCCUCCAGAUUGGUUACCUCUAUCUGUCCCAGGUGGUGAAGCUGUUUGGCACUGAUCACAUAUACAACACUGACACCUUCAAUGAGAUGACCCCACCUUCCUCUGACCCCGCCUACCUGUCUGCAAUCAGUCGCUCGGUCUUUGCCUCGAUGACUAAAGUUGAUCCUCAGGCAAUUUGGUUGAUGCAAGGCUGGCUGUUCUUCAGUGAUGCAGGGUUCUGGAAGCCAGCCCAGAUUCAGGCCUUACUACAUGGAGUGCCACUCGGACGAAUGAUUGUGCUUGACCUGUUUGCAGAGACUGAGCCAAUUUUCUCCUACACCCAGUCUUUCUAUGGGCAGCCAUUUAUCUGGUGCAUGCUGCACAACUUUGGAGGCAGCAGUGGCUUAUUUGGCACAGUGGAGAGCAUCAACUCUGGGGUCUUUAAAGCGUUGAAUUUCCCAAACUCCACCCUGGUGGGCAUAGGCAUGACGCCUGAGGGUAUUGAGCAGAAUGCUGUGGUGUAUGAAUUAAUGAGCGAGCUGGCUUGGCGCAAAGAACCAGUCAACUUGUCUGAGUGGGUAUCACUUUAUGCAGUACGCCGCUAUGGCAGCACACAAGAGAGCCUAACCACUGCAUGGAGACUCCUCUUUGCCAGUGUCUACAACUGCACUGUGCCACAUUACCGAAACCACAACCAUAGCCCACUGGUGCAUCGACCUUCCUUUCACAUGAAUUCUGCCCUUUGGUAUGACCCAGCGGACUUGUACAAAGCCUGGAAACUGAUUAUGGAGGCUGCUCCUUCUCUCAUGUCCAAGGAGACCUUCCGGUAUGACCUUGUGGAUGUGACUCGACAGGUCCUGCAAGUCUUGACCACAUCUUUUUACCAGGAUAUUGCAGAUGCCUUCCAGAAUAAAAAGAUGGCAGAGCUGCUGGCUGCAGGGGGCGUGCUAGUUUAUGACCUUCUGCCUGAGCUCAAUCAUUUGCUGAGUAGUGACCGUCACUUCCUGUUGGGGACGUGGCUGGAGCAGGCACAGUCCUUAGCUCUCGAUGAGAAGGAGGCACAACUCUAUGAUAUGAAUGCCAGAAACCAGCUCACACUAUGGGGUCCCAGUGGUGAGAUCCUGGACUAUGCCAAUAAAGAGUGGGGAGGCCUCGUGGAGGACUACUACACCCAGCGUUGGGGACUGUUUGUCUACAUGCUGGUAGAAUGUCUGAACAGUGGCCAACCAUUUAACCAGACCGCCUUCAACCAGGCAGUUUUCCAGGUAGAAAAGGGAUUCAUUUAUAAUGGUAGAAGGUACCCGACCAAGCCUCAGGGAGACACUUAUGAGAUUGCCCACAGGAUCUUUCUCAAGUACUACCCACUGGCCUUAAAGAGAGUAUAGAGACUGCAUAAUGGAAAAACUUGUCUCAAGUCACAGUGAGAAGAAGGUGGAAUUCAAAAACUAUUUAAUGAAAGGGAAGGGGGAUACAAUUUAAGGGGUCAGUUAAAUUAAAAAAU